AUGGUUAAGGCUACUCUUCUCUCAGCCCUCCCCGUGCUCAUGCUCGCUGAGCAAGCCCUUGGAUUCGGUUGCUCAACACACAGCUUCACCACAUGCGAAGAUAAAAUCGUUCACUGGUUCGACCCUGAUGAUGGCAUGAUUUGCGAUCCUCUUGAUUGCGGUGGUGGUCGAGCCCCCGUAAAGACCGGCGUACCAGGAUGCGCCAACUACUCGGGCACCGAGACCCGCGGAACAUCAUACCUCUCAUGCUGGAAGCCUUCGACUACUCUUGCCACCGCAUCCGCUGAAGCAACCAGUGAGGCCGUCAGUGUCGAUGCUGAACCUACCAGUACAGCUGUCGAAAUCGAGACUCAGAUCACAACCGAGAGCCAAGCUGCCGAGCCAAGCACUUCCGGAGUGAUUGAGGCGACCGUCUCUGAGCUUACCACUGUUGCCCCUGUCAUCCCCUCUCAGACACAGACGACUACUGAAACUCAAGCGACUGAGCCAGCGUCUACCCCGAUUGUCAAUCCCAACGCUGCACAGGCUUUGAAGGGUUCUUUUAUUGCUGCUGUCGGAGUUGCCAUCGUUGCGAUGUUUCUCUAG